AUGCUUGUGUUGCCCAAUCUCGCCUUCAAGGUUGCUGAUGUAUCCGAGGUGAUCACCGACCCCCUCUACGUCAUGUCCACGGCGGAGCUGGUGCAGUGGCUCAACACGACGCACCCCUACAAGAGCUUUCAGGAAAGGGCAGGGCAGACGUUCGGCCCGUACCCUCGCCUUGCGAAGGAGGUGCAACGUCGCCGAAUGGAUGGGAAGGGGUUCUCGGCCUGGGAAGUGAAGGGGGACGGCGAGGGCAAGUAUGAGAUGCUGGAGGUGUCGGGUGCGGAGUAUCGUCCUUUCUUCGAUGCGCUUUCAUCUCGCUUCGACAUGCCUCCUCGACCGGGCUUGUGGGGUCAAGUCUCCAAUGAGGACCCCUACAUCAUCAAGGUAACCUUGGAAGACCCCGAGGGAUGUGACUAA